AUGGGCUUUGAUGAUUUAGCGGAUCUCUCAUCGGUCACUUUCAAUCAAGAUGGAAAAUCAUUAGCCGUGGGUCAUCAGACAGGUUAUCUUCUCUAUUCAAUGGGCAAUUGUGCCGACGCUUCAACAAUUGAACCAGAUGGACAUUCGGAUCCAAAGUUACAUGAUGCAAUCAUUGUGGAAAGACUUUUCAACUCAUCACUAGUGGUAAUUGUAAGCCGAACUCAGCCUCGGAUAAUGUACGUCUAUCACUCACAAAGCAAAAAUAUGAUUUGUGAUUACAAAUAUGGAAAUACGGUGUUGGCUGUGAAGUUGAAUAGAGAGCGUGUCGUCGUUUGUCUUGAAGAUUCUCUCUACAUCUACAAUCUAAAGGAUAUGAAAAUGAUGCACUCAAUCUGUGAUACUCCAGCCAAUAAACAUGGCCUUAUCGAUCUCUCAUCGAAUCAGGAGCUCUGUUAUCUUGCUUAUCCGGGAAGUACGACAAAUGGAACGGUUCACAUUUUCGAUGCCAAGAAUUUGACGUCAGUGAACACAUUUCUUGCUCACAACAGCCCGUUGGCGUCACUCAAAUUUAACGCCGAUGGCUCAAAGUUGGCCACUGCUGGUGGAAAAGGCACAGUGAUUCGAGUCUUUUCAAUGCCAAAAGGAGAGAAAAUUUUCGAGUUUCGUCGGGGAUCUAUGAGAAACGCGACAAUCUAUUCGAUGUGCUUUUCGGCUGAUUCAAACUAUUUGUGCACGAGUUCAAACACAGAAACCGUUCACGUCUUCAAAUUAGAAAAACAUUCACCGAGCAAAGAAGAACAAAGUACAACAACAAAUCAAUCGAAUAACGCGGGAUGGCUUGGAUAUCUACAACAGGCUGCAAAUUAUCUACCGAUGAACGAGUUAAGUAUGUUGGAGAGAUCGUUUGCUUCAGCUCAUUUGCCAUCACCCGGAUCGAGAAAUGUAUCAGCUAUGCCGACUUUGAAUGGAGUUGCCCAUUUGUUAGUGGCGACGACUGAAGGCUAUUUGUAUUGUUAUCGAAUUGAACCUGAUGGAGGAGAAUGUCAUUUGAUUAGACAACAUCGAAUAGGACCAUCUGGUAGUGGAGUGGUGCCAAAUGGGAAACCGAGAAGUCCAUCGGGAAGCAUUACAUCAAAUAAAAGUCAAAAAAGUGCUGAUAAUGUCGAUCCACCAAAUCCAGACGAUGUCGGUGACUUCCCGCCAAUGUCUCAUACAAAUUGUACAACGUGUCAAAUGAGUUCGAUCACAAUCGACAGCACUAGCACGAUGUUUUCACAAGAUUUCGAAAGUGAUAUCACGUCAUUUGACCCAGCUACGGGCUGUUUAAUGAGAACGUUCACGUGUACGGGACAAGCCUUAAACACUGUCAUUAUAUCAUUCAAUUUUGAUCAAUACACUCAACCCGGCAUCACCACCACAUCAGUGACAGUUCUCUGCAAUGCACAAGGACAAUACACGUAUAUGGUCGAUCCAGCCAAUCCACUCUCGCUUUUUGUGGUCACUAAAGCAUUAUGCGAAGAUAUUGGA